CUGCAGCCAAGUCCAUUCUCAACCAGCCCACCUUACAACCUAAAUUAGACGCAGUAGUCACUCUGACUAGACAUGGGCUUGUCAUCCAAUGGCGGGAAAGUCCCGCAGUUAGUGAACGGCCUUUCCACUAAUCCCAGCGGGUGUGUCUUCUUAUGGGCCACUCGGUUAACCUACUGUAGUGGUUCGCGACAAGGAUACCAGCCUGAUCAUAGGAGAUUAACCAUGAAAUGUGUGAGACAGCCCAUUGACUCUCCGCUGUCCGUGCGGGGGCUCAGUGGACGUUAUCCAUGUCCUAUCUAUAGACCUUGUCUCUAGAGUUAUAAGAUCACCCCUCCCUGGGACUUCCCCUCCCUUGGUUUCUCUAUCUUUCUCGCUCAUAAACGUCUCUUCUGUCUUCAUUCCAACUCAUCUCCCUCUGUCUCUCAUUCUCUUACCAUCUCCUACUUCUUCCUCUAUAUACACGCUCACAAUGGUCAUCAAAGGUACCCAAUUGGAUGGCGUUGCCCUCGUCGUCGGAUCCGGCCGUGGCAUUGGCCAACAAGCCGCCUUCUCUUUAGCUGAAGCAGGCGCCCGUGUCAUCGUCUUCGCCGACAUGAACACCGAAACAGCCACUGCCUCCGCCGAAGAGAGCAAGCAAUACGCCACGAACCCAGAAUACCAAUCCACACACUUCACCGUGAACGUCACCGACCAAGACGGCGUGCAAGCCAUGGUUGACUUUGUAGUCGAGAAGUUCGGACGGCUGGACUAUGCCGUAAACGCUGCAGGAGUGGACAACGGCGUCCACACCCCCUUCGCCGAUACCGACAUCGACAACUUCGACCGUGUCCAAACCAUCAACGCCCGCGGUAUGUUCCUCUGCUGCCGCGCCGAAGCCGCCGCCAUGCGCAAGCAGACCUCGCGCACCUUCACCAGCCGCACCGGCACCCGAGACAUUGGCCGCGGCGCCAUUGUAAACGUCUGCUCAGCCAACUCUUUCGCCGGACUGCCCGGAAAGGGAUCGUAUACCGUCUCCAAGCAUGCUUGCAUGGCAGUGACGAAGAUGGUUGGACUGGAUCACUCCGCCGAAGGCAUCCGCUGCAACGCUGUGUGCCCCAUCUGGGUCCGCACCCCUCUUCUGGACGUCGAGUUGGAGCGGAACCCCCAGGUGCGCGCGGAGAUCGAGGCCGUUAUACCAAUUAAGCGUGCAGCCGAGAGUGAUGAGGUCGGCGAUACUAUUGUUUAUUUGCUUAGUCCGUCGGCAAGUUAUGUUAAUGCCACGAGUUUGUUGUUGGAUGCGGCGGUGACGGCGACCUUGAGGUUCCAUUGAUUACUUACUUAUAUAUGCCUGGCAGUUAAGGCGGGAGGCUGAGGGCUCUAUGAACAUGAUAGUAGAUCUGAUUAUGGGGAGGUAGUAGAAGAGUAUGAUCAAGGAGAAGAAAUUUUGGCAUUAGUAUUAUAGUUGGUGUAAGGGAUUAAAGCAUUUAAAUUGUUAAUUGAAUCGUUAGU